AUGGAAGUUGAUCCCACCAAAGCAAGAGGAUAUGUUAUCUCAGAAAAUAACUUUCAAUUUACAGAAGCCCUUUGCAAAUUGUAUCAUUUAUGCAUAGGCUUCAACCAGGAUCCUCUUGAUGAAGAUGAUUUCAAGUUUACAUACGAAUAUGAUGAUGAUUUUACAACUUUUCCAACAAUUUGUCUUCUUGCAAUGGGGUGCAUUCACAUGAAAAUAUUUGAAACCCCUGGACUUCCUGCACUCAAGCCUCAACAACUUCUUCAUGGAGAGCAGAUCGUCGAAGUAUUUAAUCCCAUUGUUCCAGGCUCUACAAUCAAAUGUGUUGCCACUAUAGAAGAUGUAGCUGAUAUAACCAUAUUGGAAGUAUUCGAUUCAUUUCAACCUUCUUCUCUUCAAAUGGGACCUAAGGUCAAAGGGAUGUUAUUCAUUGUCAAAAUUGACAUUCUUGACCCUGAAAACCCAGAAAUGCAAUACUCAAGAUGAUACAUGAACUGAUAUGUUAAAGGAUAUGGAGGAUUCGGAGAUAAGGGUGUUCUAGGUCUUAGGAUGCCUUCUCCUCCAAUAAGGACUCCAGAUCAGACUCUAGAAAUUUCUACCAAUGAGAAAUUAGCUUCACUAUACAGAAUCUGAGGAGAUCUUAACCCCUUACAUAUGAUUCCAAGCGCAGCUAAAUCAGUUGGAUUUGAUAAGCCAAUCCUUCAUGGCCUUUGUACAUAUGGGAUACUUUCAAGGGCCGUAUACAAGACCUAUUGUCAAGAGGACCCAACUCUUAUCAAGAGUGUCAGUGCUAGAUUUUGAUCCCAUGUAUUUCCAGGGGAGACUAUCAAGAUUGAUCUUUACAAAGAAGCGAAUAGUGUAUUCUUCUCAGCCUCAACAAAAGAGAGAGGCCUAGUUGUUUGUACUGGUGUAGUAGAUCUUACCCCUCUUGCUAAGAUUUAGAGUUAUUAGAAAUCCUCAAUA